AAUAACAAAAGGGCAGAGUACAAGGGGCAAAUGAGAAGUAAACAAAAAUGUUGGAGAAAAAUAAAUAUGUGCCGCGUGUUAAUCAGAUAGAUGCAAUUUACCUUAACAAGGACAUUGCACGCUUGAUACGCAAUAACCUGCUGGAGAAUUUACAGGCCAUAUCGCCCGUACUUUUUAUCAAAGUCCAACCGGAACUCGAUCUGCUCAUACAAUCGGCGCUUUGGUUUGGCUCCGUUGGCAAACGUUGCUCGACAUUUGGCCAACAAUUAUUGGUUUUGGCCUACGAUGCGGAGAAACUCACGCUUUCCCGAUUGGUGCUACACUUUGCCCUCACUGUUCUGCCUGGCUAUGUGAAGAGCUGGGAGGAGCGCCGCUUGUCCCGCCGAGUCGAAUGGUUCAGCCAGGCAAUAACGUGGGCGGAGAAUAGUGCUCUGGUUUUGAACGUGCUCAACUAUUUUAGGUUCUUGAAGACGGGAAGAAAGCCCACAUUAAUUGACUAUCUAUUGGGUCUGGACUACAUUAGUUUGCGCAAUAAUCAAAGACGCGACAUUGGCUACAAGUAUCUCACGCGUGAGCUGCUCUGGGGCGGUUUUAUGGAAUUUCUUGGUCUGCUUCUGCCGAUUAUAAAUUUUCGCAAAAUCAACCGCCUACUGAAAGCUGCCUUCUUUGGCACGGAGGGCCUAAAUUCGCUGCGGCGCGAAAGUAUCCAACGGGAGCUUGUUGCCGCCAAAUUGACAACAAAUACAACAUGCACUUAUUGUGGAGAACGUCCAACGCUGCCGCAUCAUAUGGGUUGUGGGCACAUUUAUUGUUAUUACUGCAUAAGCGCUAAUUUCCUGACGGACGCCAACUUUUGUUGUGUUAAGUGUGGUGCUGGCUGUCUAGAAGAUGGUGUACAGAUUGUCUGAUUGUUGUGGCUAGACUUUUAUACUCUAGAUUUUAAAUAUUAUUCAGAAAAUGCGGAAUCGAUGAAAA